AUGCCCCUUAGAACAGAAAAAAUUAGAAAUUUCUCUAUCAUCGCUCAUAUUGACCAUGGCAAAUCUACCUUGGCUGACCGUAUUUUGGAAUUAACUAACUUUAAAAAUAGCAAGCAAACACUCGAAAGGGUUUUAGAUAGUUUAGCCUUAGAGCAAGAAAAAGGAAUUACGAUUAAACUUAAUGCGGUUCAGUUAUAUUACCCUCCGGAAAGCCCCGAGCCUUAUAUUUUAAACUUAAUUGAUACUCCGGGACAUUUUGAUUUUCAUUACGAAGUUUCUCGUUCCUUGGCUACUUGUGAAGGAGUAAUUUUACUAGUAGACGCCAUUAAAGGUAUUCAAGCCCAAACUUUGACUUAUUACGAAAUUGCUCGGCAACAAGGGCUAAAAAUUAUUCCGGUCAUUAACAAAAUUGACUUGCCCCACGCCCAAGUAGAAAAAGUUCAAAAUCAAUUAAUGGAACUUUUAAAUUGCUCGCGGGAGAAUAUUUGCUUAAUUUCGGCUAAAACCGGGAAAAAUGUCGACUUGCUGUUAGAAAAAAUUAUUACUGAUAUUCCUUCCCCGCUCGGGAAUAAAAUAAAGAAUUACGAGAAAGAAAAAUUUACAUCUGACUAA